UGGGCAUUGCAGAGAGCACUUGUUGGGAUGAGCACUGGGUGUUGUAUGUAAGUAAUGAACCACAGGAAUCUACUCCUGAAGCCAAGAGCACACUGUAUACUCUGUAUGUUAGCUAACUUGACAAUAAAUUAUAUUAAAAACAACAACAACAAAAGCUGCUAUAGAUAGUAUGUAAACCAAGGAGUAUGGCUGUGUUCCAGUAAAACUUUAUUUACAGACACUUAUAUUUGAAUUUCAUAUAGUUUUUACAUUACCCAAAUACUAUUCCUCUUUUGAUAUUUCCCCCAUUAUUUAAAAAUGUAAAACCCAUCUUAGCUCCUGAGGUGGUAAAAAGCAGGCAGCCCGCCAAAUUUGGGCCAUAGGCUCUAGUUUGCUGACCCUUGACCUGAAGCAUCCAUGGAAGCAUGCCCCUUGGGAAUGUGUAUUCUAGUUUGAACUCAACAUUCUGGUGCUUUAAAAACUACCAGUGCCCAGCCCUGCCCUCUCCAUAUUGAUUUAGCUGAUCUGGGAUGGAAUCCAGGCGUUAGCUUUUUUUUUCUUUCUUUCUUUUAGGGUUUCCCAGGUGAUUUUAAUGUUGCAGCUGGACUUGGACCACUAUUCAAAUUGCCAUAGGCUCUUACACAGCUCUCAGGUGCUGUCAGGAGUCCUCCUGGUCUUGGAUUCUGUGGUCCCUUGAGAUUCUGAAGAGAUGGCUGCAGCGGCAGUGGCUGGACUGAUCCCUGUGCUACACUCAGUGGCUGGUGACAAAUCCCGCUACUAUAUUGGGCGACAGCUGUGGUUUGGGUUCAUCGCUGUGUAUGGAGUGGUGGUGUACGUGGUCCGCCUGCCCUGGGUUCCCAUCCAUGAAGAUUUCUGGUGCCAUGGCAACAUUACCAAUACUUGUUUGAUUGAGUGUUUUGAAAAAAGUUUUAACAGUCCUGUAGUGGGAAUUUGGUACUUUUUUUUCUUUAUUUUCUUGGCCCUCUUCUUCCUCAUGGAAUUCUUCAUGGCUCAGAUUCAGCACAAGCAAAUCAAAGCCAAGUCAGUGGAGUCAGCGGCAGGUGAAAUGGAGGAGGGCUCCAUGGUGGGAAUCCAGGAGCAUGCCCCUUCCCCGAAGAAGUCCAUCCUGAACUUCCACCAGGAGAAGAUGCUUUUGCUUUUGUAUCUCCUUUACUUCCUCCUGCAGGUUGGUGCACAGUGUGUGUUUUUAUUUUUUCUCAUGUACCAACACCUGCCCCUGGUGAGCCAAGCCAUCAUUCACUGCAGCACCAAGAGCUGUCCAGGACCCUAUUUCUGCCUGAUCAGGGGGACCAUGGAGAAGCGAAUGUCCAUCUACACCCUCAUCACCUUAUCCUUCAUGAUCAUCCUCUUCUGUUCAGGUUUCUUCAUGUACAGCAUCCACCAUUACCUGCUAAAAGGGCUUGCCAGUGCUAAGUUUUGGCUUGACUAAUGUUUGAAGUUCUUAUUGAGAGUCUUUCCUCCCUUACCCUAGGAAGUUUGUGUUCCUUUAAAUAUUGUGUCUGGGGCAGGGCUUCUUCCUCCUGUUUCUUUGCUUUAGUCCUUUAUAAAAUAAACAUUUGUUGUUCUUGUGUCCUCUCUCUACA